UGUGGUGCAACAGCUGGAAAGUAAACAGAACAUUGUGUCAAGAUGGCCUCAGUAACAGCACUUAAAGUGACUCUUCUGGUGGUGUUUUCGGUUUUUCUCACCGUCCUGCUGGGUUUUGGGUUACUGGCUAUACUGAACGCAACUACAAAGACUUUAGGUUUUCCCGAGUCAAGUGUGACGGCGUGCAUAGUUGUGCUGUGUUUAGUUUUUGUUUUGUUUGUGGCACUGCCUCAGUUUCCAAGAGGGGAGGUCGAGGUCAAAGGUACAGCUGUGUUUGUCACAGGCUGUGAUAGUGGUUUUGGUCAUGCACUCGCCAAACGUCUACACAAACUUGGCUUCACGGUGUUUGCUGCAUGUCUUCUUAAGGAUAAAGGCGGAGAAGGUGCAAAGCAGCUGGAUGAAUUUAAUUCAGAUCGCAUGAAGGUGAUCCAGCUGGACGUCUGCAGUGAGGAGCAGGUAAACCAGGCUGUGAAGUUUAUCAAAGACAACCUAGAAGACCUGGAGAGAGGUCUGUGGGCUGUGGUCAACAACGCCGGCAUACCAGCAUUUGGAAAGUUUUCGUCCAUGGAUAUCUACAAGCAGGUGUCAGAGGUCAACUUGUGGGGCAUCAUCAGGGUCACCAAAGCAGUUCUGCCUUUAAUCCGCAAGGCCAAAGGUCGUGUUGUGAACAUGGCCAGCAUGUUGGGAAGGAUGUCUUAUCCCUUAUGUUCAGCAUAUUGCGUGUCCAAAUAUGGUGUGGAAGCUUUCUCUGAUUGCCUUCGCUAUGAGAUGAAGGAGUGGGGCGUCAAAGUGUCGAUAGUGGAGCCAGGGAACUUCGUUGUCGCCACAAGCAUCUGCAGUAGAGACGCCGUGACCAACCUGGCUGACAAGCUGUGGAAUGAUGCGUCUCCAAAUGUGAAGGAGGACUACGGGAAAAUCCGCUUUGAGCAGCACGUGGCCCAUGUAUGUGCUUACUGCAGCGGCGGACAAAAUGAUAUGACACCUGUUCUAGAUGACCUCAUGGACGCCAUCAUGUCCAAAGGGCCGUACACAGGAUACAAUCCAACACAGCCAUACUGGUGGAUUAGACAGCAGCUGAUAACCCACCUGCCUUCCGCCAUAUCUUAUGUCCUGUAUUUCUGAAAGCUGUGGGCAUGUGCUAGCUACACACAUCAAACGUUACAAUCACAAAACGCUGCAUAAAUCUAGACUUUCCUCAGGAGGGGCUAAUUAGCACAUUAAAUUAUUCAUUCAUCAACUCCUGCAGAAUUUUACAAAUUGUGCUUUGUAUCUCAAUAACUGACUUUUUUUUGUUCUUUUUUUUUUCUCACUGAUCAAUCCUUAAAUAAUUCUGUAAAUAACUGUACUAUGUGUUUUGUACUACAGUCUGUUUGAUAUCACCACUGGUGGGUAUAGCUAACCUAAAAGCUGGCUUCGAUCACUGCUAAUCUAUCAGAAAAUUUUAAUGUGACAAUGCUAAACUGAAACCACAAAAAAAAAAAAAACUGUUAAAGCUACUGGUAACAGCUGUUUUUGACUCCAAACCCCUGAAAAACAGAGGAGCUGAAC